UAUACCAAACAAAACUCGAUUCAUUUAAGAAAUGUAUAUAAAAAAGACGCAUCAAAAUUAUCUUCACGCAUGCAUGCAUUACGUAUAGAAGAACAUACGACAAAACACUCUUUACAAAUUUUUUCUCUCGUCGGACGACCAAAGUUGGAAAAUGGAAGCGUCGUUCAUCAGAUCUCUACCGUCGGCCGGAAACUUCGCCAACCUCUUACCGACCGGAACGGCCCUCGUGUUCGAAACGCUAAUACCAUCUUUCUCCAAUGGCGGCGAAUGCACCAAUAAACCCGCUAAUAAACUCCUCACCAUUUCCCUCAUCUCCUUCUGCGCCGCGGCUUGCUUCUUCUCCUCCUUCACCGACUCUUUCGUAGGCGAGGACGGCCGAAUAUACUACGGGAUUGCCACCGCGAACGGUCUCUACAUCCUCAACGACUAUCCGGACGAUGAAGGCUAUGAUCCGGAAUCUAACUUAACAGGAGACAAGAGACGAAGAUACAAGUUGAGUUUUGUGGAUUUCGUGCAUGCUUUUGUCUCGGUUGUAGUCUUCUUGUCGUUAGCCGUAGAGAGUUCGGAUUUUCGCAGGUGUUUGCUCCCCGAGGAGGACGACGACGGCCAUAGUUGGGGUGGUCAUUUCAUACUUAUGAUCAAGUAUUUUGCGGUUUUGGUUGUGACGGUGGCGAGCUUCUUCUUUGCUAUCUUUCCCACUAAACGAAGAGGCAUCGGAUUCACAGACAUUCGUUGAUUUAUAACAUUUACUUGUA